AUCAAAAUGGUUAAUGGAGAGGGAAGCGGGAUCCAGACCCGAUGUGGAGUGGUAUAAAUAUGCGAAGCUAAUCGGGCUUUUAGGGUUUCAUCAGACGGCAGUAUCCAUCUUUCUUAGUUUUCUUCUACUCAUCUCUGACGCCAUGACUGCUCAGACCAAGGAAGAGCUUCUCGCCGCUGCUCUUGAAGAGCAAAAGAUUAAUGCUGAUGAACCUGUAAUUGAGGAUGAUGAUGAUGAUGAGGAUGAUGAUGAGGAUGAUGACAAGGAUGAGGAUGAUGCUGAAGGACAUGGAGAGGCCAGUGGUAGGUCCAAGCAAAGCAGAAGUGAGAAAAAGAGUCGUAAAGCAAUGUUGAAGCUUGGAAUGAAGCCUAUUCCUGGUGUGAGCCGUGUCACAGUCAAGAAGAGCAAAAAUAUUCUUUUUGUCAUUUCGAAACCAGAUGUCUUCAAGAGUCCCACCUCAGACACCUACAUUGUUUUCGGGGAAGCAAAGAUUGAAGAUUUGAGCUCCCAGCUACAGACUCAGGCUGCAGAGCAGUUCAAGGCUCCUAAUUUGAGUAAUUUGACAUCAAAGCCUGAGCCAUCAACCGUAGCUCAAGAUGACGAAGUUGUUGAUGAGACCGGGGUUGAACCCAAGGACAUUGAACUGGUGAUGACUCAAGCUGGGGUAUCUAGACCAAGAGCCGUGAAAGCACUCAAAGCUGCGGAUGGCGAUAUCGUGUCUGCCAUUAUGGAACUCACUAAUUAAUAAGAGCUGAGCUGUCUUUUAUGUGGAGUGUUGAAAUUUUCUUUUUCCUUCUUUUCUUCCCAUCUGUUUCACCUGCAGAAUUUGAAAGUUGAGAGAUUUUAAUGUUAUGUAAACUUAGUUUUUAUAUCACCCUGCGUUGAUUAUUGGUCA